GCGGGCUGAGGGGCUAGGCAGGCCAGCUGGGGUUGGGGGUCCAGCCGCCCCCGCAUCCCGGCUUUAAAGCCACCGGACGCACAUGCACUCGCUGUGAGCCAGGGAGUCUUUGCGCAAGCGGACCCAACGCUCAGAGCCGGCCCAGUGCCCCGCUCGCGACCCCCGACCCAAGUCUCCCAGGGCUCGGGCACGACUGUGACCCCCAACCCGCCGCAUUUUUUGCCUAACGGGCUCUUCAGUUUCCUCAUCUAGGAAAUGGAACCGAUAAGCCUCUGCCUCAUCAGGUCGUGGUAAAGAAUUUGUAAGAUGCGCGUAAAAUGCUGGGCGUGAGCAAUAACUAAAAACUGCCGACGUUUAACGCCUGCUGGUCUUCUAACGCUAUUCAGAGCACUUUACUGAGUCUUCACAGCAACCCUAUCAGAUUGAUACUUUUACAAACCCCACUAUACAGAUGAGGUAACUGAGGCUCAGAGAGGUUAAGCAACUUGCCCAAAGUCAAGUAGCUAGGAAGCAGCAGACUCAGGGUUCCAGCUCAAGCAAUAAGCCCCAGGCAGAUGAGCUCUACAACUGUUCUUGACACCAAGGACCAGGCAAACUAAAUCCAAACCCGUCGCCAUCCAGUCAGUUCUGACUCAUGGCAACCCCAUGUGUUAGGGCCCUGGUGGCACAGUGGUUAAGUACUCAGCUGCUAACCAAAAGGUCAGUGGUUCGAAGCCACCAACUGCUCUGUGAUAGAAAGAUUACAGCCUUGGAAACCCUGUGAGGCAGUUCUACUCUGCCCUGUAAGGUCGCUAUGAGUUGGAAUUGACUCAAGGGCAACAGGUAAUCUUCACAGAAGCACACCACCAUGCCGUUCUUCCACGAUACUGCUGGGUGGGUUUGAACUGCCAACCUUUAGCUUAGAGGUUGAGUGCGAACCUUUUGUGCCACCCAGGGAUCUCCAAGGACCAAAGAGUCCUAUAAAUCCACCCUGAAGCCCUGCCUGUGCCGUUUACUGAGUUGGUAAAAACCAUCUCAAGAUGCCCAGCUCCCCUAAACCAGAUACGUAACUCUGUGCAUUCACUUCCUGUGCGUUGUUUUAUUCACAGCGACGCCAGAAAGUCAGUCCCAUGGUCAUCAUCUGCUCUUUACAGACAAACGCUACUUUUUGGAUCCCUCCACACUCGGGGAGAGGCCCAACUGGGCUGGCACCACUACACAGCCUGUGGCAUCUUUACAAGGAAGCCCCAGGGACCCUGUGCUGUGCCCCACAGGAGGACAAGACAACCCGUGUGGUCUCGUCAUCUUUUCAGGUCUGCCGCGUUGAGGGCAAGGAGCAAUAGGCGGCUUCCAAGAUGGGUGAAAGGAAAGGUGUAAACAAGUACUACCCUCCGGAUUUCAAUCCCGAAAAGCAUGGCUCUCUCAACCGAUACCACAACAGCCACCCCCUUCGGGAGCGGGCUCGGAAGCUGUCACAGGGCAUCCUUAUCAUCAGGUUCGAGAUGCCAUAUAACAUCUGGUGCGAUGGCUGUAAGAACCACAUCGGCAUGGGUGUUCGUUACAACGCAGAAAAGAAGAAAGUUGGCAAUUACUACACAACCCCAAUCUACAGGUUCCGGAUGAAAUGCCACCUGUGUGUGAACCACAUCGAGAUGCAGACAGAUCCAGCCAACUGCGACUACGUCAUUGUGAGCGGUGCCCAGCGGAAGGAGGAGCGCUGGGACAUGGAGGACAAUGAGCAGGUGCUGACGACAGAGCAUGAGAAGAAGCAGAAGCUGGAGACAGAUGCCAUGUUCCGCCUGGAGCAUGGUGAGGCUGACCGCAGCACGCUCAAGAAGGCCCUGCCCACCCUCAGCCACAUCCAGGAGGCCCAGAGUGCCUGGAAGGAUGACUUCGCCCUCAACAGCAUGCUGCGGAGAAGGUUCCGGGAAAAGAAGAAAGCCAUCAAGGAGGAAGAGGAAAGGGACCAAGCGCUGCAGGCCAAGGCAAGCCUGGCCAUCCCACUGGUGCCUGAGACGGAGGAAGACCGAAAGCUGGCCGCCCUGCUCAAGUUUCACACCCUGGAUUCCUACGAGGACAAGCAGAAACUCAAGCGGACAGAGAUCAUCAGCCGCUCCUGGUUCUCCUCUGCCCCUGGAUCCAGUGCCAGCAGCAGCAGCAAAGCUGGCAGCGUCCUGAAGAAGCUGGCCCAAAACCGCAGGUCUGCCCAUGUCGGCUCCCCCAUCACUGUGGGGGACCUGGGCAUAGUACGGCGGCAGUCGCGGGAAGUCCAGGAGAGCCCCCAAGAUGCACCUGAGACCCCCAAGUCCAGGGAGCCAGAGGUGCCAAAGAGGACCCCCCAGGACAGGCCCAAAUUUCCACAAAACUGCUCUCAGGAGACAGCUGAGAUCCCAGAGAGCAGCUGUCGGGACAGGCCCCUGUCCCCACGAGGCCCACACCAGGGGGCAGCUGGCAUGUCCUCAGACACCCCGCACUCCUGCAGCCUCAGCGCCUCCCUUGUGGCAGACUACUCCGACUCGGAGAGUGAGUGACUCCCGGGACUCACCUGCUCAAACGCUGGCCUCUCCCCAAACCCCUCCUUCCCAGGACAAUGGAGUUAUUUAUUUGGUCUCCGUGAGGGUGUUUGUGCCUUGUGAGACCCCACAUCUGAUAUUAAAGCCCCGACCCUGUCCCUGCCUCCAGUUACUAGCUGGGCCCAGGGCUGCCUGCCACUUUACCCAGCAAAUGCUGAUACCAGAACCACAGCAAGAGCCUGUGACCUGGCCUGGGAUCAGGGCAGGCUCCCCGGAGGAGAUGAUGCAGGCUGCAUCUGAAGGGUGGAAAGGGGCCUAGGGAGCAAGACCCACAGUGAGGCUGGGGAUGGGGGAGCCCACGGGGUGCCCAGGAUAGGUGCAGACAAAGCCAUGGCGAGAGGGAGAGAAAGGUGGGCGGUGCUCACACACAAGACUUUGUAGGCUCUUCACUGUCCCUGCCUACGGGGACGCCUUGGAAGGGGCAGAAAGAAAGGCCCAGCAUUCUUUUGGAGGAAACUGGUAAAAAAAAUCGGCCCAGAAACAGCCGCCGGCACGGCUAUCCACCAGGGGGCGCCCAUGGCCCCCAGCUUCCACCAGCUUCCUGUACAACUAUCGAUGGAGCUUUUGCUGUGUGCCAGGUCCUGUCCAGCCACAGUGGCCACAGCAGUAAUAGACCCCUGCCCUU